AUGAAGUAUCUCGAAUAUCCCGAACUCGAGCUGCUCUCCCGAGCGCUCACCUUCGAGUCGGCCGAAUGCAAGGUCUUCACUCGCAUGGAGGCCUACUCUUGCAAGACUGUCUCCAAGGAGAAGCGCCUCUUCAAGAACCUCGAGUCGUCUUACCUGCGUUCCGCAUCGACGUCGCCGCCUGACUACCUCGAGGAAGCGCUGGCGUCUCCCUUUGGCCGUCUCGACCAAGCCUCGGCCCGCAAGACGCUCUUCUUGCUUAUCGCGACGCUCAAUGUCGCUUUCCCUGACCACGACUUUAGCGAGGUCAACCCUGCUGACUUCCGCAAGGAGAUGAGCCCGGCCAUGGUGCUCAACUCGCUCAGCACCACGCUCCUCAGCCUCAAGACUUCGUCCAAUGCGCCGCGCUCCUACAGCUCCUUCCCAGGUUCGUUCGAGGAGCCUAGCUUUGCACUCGGCACUGCUGGCGAGUCGCCCAGCUCAGUUGGCGCCUCUGCAUCCUUGCCGCCUCUCAUCACCCAUCCUGCGCUUUCACACAUCCUCGACGACAUCAUGAACGUGUCCGAUUGCGAGGUCUACACCUUCCAUCCCGACAUGGAUUCCGAUCCGCAUGCCAGCGCGGAGCCCGAGGAAGAAGGAGAACUCGGAGACGACGACACGUAUGAAGACGAAGAGUACUGGGACGACGACACCACUGGCAUGCGGGGUCGUGAGGACACGCCGCGAGCACGCAUGCAUAGCGGCCGCGAUGACGACGACGAAGCGAUGGAGGAUGCGCCUAUGUUUGACGAAGACGUCUAUGGCGACGGUCUCAGUGGACGCAAGGGAGCUUCGCACAGCAUUGCGAGCAUCGGGCCGGAUGGAAACAUGGUCCUCUCGCAUGCAGGCUUUGACGGCAAGAGGAUGCACUCGAUGGAGAACUCGAGCCUCACAUCAUUCUCUUCCUAUCACGACUCCGACUUUGAUGACGGCGAGGACGAUCUGGACGGCACCGGCGCUGGUCUGCUGUGGUCCACCUUUGCCUUCUUCUACAACCGCAAGAUGAAGCGCAUCCUCUUCGUCUCUGUGUGGAGCCGAAAGAACUCGCGCUUCGGCAUGCCCACCUCGUCCUGGACCUACGCGCAACCACCGCCCGUCCUCAGCGCUUCGCUCGGCGCUCCGCAGUCCAACUUUGGCCGAGUAUUAUCGCCACAGCGAACACAGCCCAGCUCGUCAAAGAAGCAAGUCACGCCGGCUGCUUCAGCCGCCGCGCCCACGCUCGCCAAGCGCGCCAUCGCCCGCACCGACUCGACCGGCUCUCUCAAGCGCGCCGGACGUCCAGGUCACAUCCGCACCGACUCUGGCAGCCCCGCUCCGUCGCAGCUCUCACCGUUCCCACACGCCUCGCCCCGCGCAGUGCGCACCACCGACCCGAUGGAGAACAUUGUCAUCGUCGACGGUCGUCGAGCCAUCCACUCGCUCGAUGCCGCUCUGCUCAGCGCCAGUGCCCCAGCUGCUGCAAACACCACUGCUGGCGGCUCGACAAAGUCGGCAUCGCGUAUGCGCAGCAAGCGCUCCUCGGAUUCGUCCAGCACUUUCGACCAGAAGCGCGUCAAGAAGCAGUCUGCCUAA